AUGGUAACCCAUCUCAAGGCAUGUAAAUUACAUCAAUAUAUUAAAUCUGCACUUGUCCAAGAUGCUAGUGAGGAUGAUAAGACAAAAGACAGAUUGGCUUUAUCACAAAUUCAUCAGGCAAGUGAUAUGUCAGUUUUUGAAAAAAUUGCUACGGCUGAUAUGGCAAAGGAGGCUUGGGAUAUAUUGGAGAAAACAUACAAAGGGAUUGACAAGGUCCAACAAAAUAAUUUAAUGAUGUUGAAGAGGAAAUUUGAACUUGUGACGAUGGAGAAGUCCGAAUCUAUUGAGUCCUAUUUUUUUGGGUUGUCAGAUAUUAAAAACGAGAUGAAACUCAAUCAGUAUAAUUUUCCUGAUAGAUCAUUUGUUGAGAAAGUUCUCAAUACCCUACCCAUGAAAUUUGAUCAUGUGGUAUCUGUAAUUCAGGAAACGAAAGAUUUGGAGGAUUUGAAUAUAGAAGAUUUGCAUGGAUCAUUAAUUCUGCAUGAACAAAGAAUUAAUGAAAAAUUGGAGGAUGCCCCGGAGAAGGAUACAGUAGAGAAGGCGUUGCAGGUGCAGUUGAAUUUGAGAGGCAAUAAUGAUGUCAGGGAGCAUGGCGAAUUCAGUCAGAAGAGCAGAAGUGGUUACAAUAACAGAGGUGGUCGUGGCAAUAAUAAUAGAGAUCGAGGAAGUAUAUCAAAUUCUGGACGCAAUAGAGAUAAUAAUUUCAAUUUUAGAGGUGGUCCUGGUAGAGGCAGAGGUGGUAAUUUUGGCAUAGGAAAUAAUUUUAAUCAGAAUAAUUUUAGACAGAGAGUUCAAUGUUAUAAUUGUGGAAAAUUAGGUCAUAGACAAUUUGAAUGUAGAUUUGGAGAAAAUAUAGACAGAAAUUUUCAGGCUAAUGUUGUUGACAAUCAGGUGCAGGAUAAUAAUAAAAAAUCUGAUACUUUAUUAUUAGUCUGUAUUGUUGUUGAUGUGGUUGAUAAAAAUAAAUGGUAUUUGGAUACGGAUUGUAGUAACCAUAUGUCUGGCAAGAAGGAAUUAUUUGUUGAACUUGAUGAAUCUAUUUGUGGUGAAGUUAAAUUUGAAAAUAACAUUGUUUUACCAAUGAUUGCUAAGGAAAAAAUUCCUAUUAGCCUGAAAAAUGGAUCUACUAAUUUAUUUCUGAUGUUUUCUAUGUUCCUGGGUUGCAUCAAAAUUUGUUGA